GCCGUUGCUACUAGAGCGAGCGGGAGCGGGGGGCUGAGGGGGAUUAGAGGGGUCGCGCUCCUGUCUUUGUUCGUUGCUGUCGCCCUCCUCCGGGGACCCGCCGGCAGGGAGGGUGGCAGGGAGCCGAACUGCCGUCCUGAACUUCCUGGAGGGACUUUGAGCAACUUUCCGGCUGUGGAGGACGUUUCGGGGAGCGCCCCCCCCCCCCCCCGCGCUCGGCGGAGCAGGAGGGAAGGGGGACCCGGGGGGGCUCCGGCCUCUGGGGUGGGAUCUUCCUCGGUCGGAGCAGCUGGGUUGAAAAUCAUCUGGAGGAGAAACGCAUAUUUCCCAUAUGAAGCACUUCAGAAAUAAAUGAGUUAUCUGUCCUGAAUGAACUUAUUUCUAUAUAUUUAUAAUUUCGUUUAGACUGCUAAAUACAGACCAUGCCUAGCAGAAUGGGCUCAAAAACUGGUUUGAACAAAGACUUCAUCAGAGUAAAAACACACUAUAGUGGGGACAUCCUGAUAACAAACUUGGAUGCAUCAAUGAGCUAUGAUGAACUUUGUGAUGAAGUACAUGAGAUGUGUAAUUUACAGCAGGAACAGCCAAUUACUCUCAAGUGGAUUGAUGAUGAAGGUGACCCAUGUACCAUCUCUUCUCAGAUGGAACUGGAAGAAGCCUUCCGUUUGUAUUGUCAAAACAGAGAUGAAGGGCUGAUAAUUCAUGUUUUCGCAAGUAUUCCAGAGAAACCCGGCAUGCCUUGUCCAGGAGAAGAUAAAUCAAUCUACCGACGUGGAGCCAGAAGAUGGAGGAAGCUCUACCGAGUGAAUGGGCAUUUGUUUCAAGCCAAACGUUUUAACAGAAGAGCGUAUUGCGGCCAGUGCAGUGAAAGGAUAUGGGGUCUCGCAAGGCAAGGCUACAAGUGUAUCAACUGCAAAUUGUUGGUCCAUAAACGUUGUCAUAUACUUGUUCCACUGACCUGCAAAAGGCAUAUGGAUUCGGUCAUGCCUUCCCAGGAGCCUCAGUUAGAUGAUAAAAACGAUGAAGUUGACCUCCCUUCAGAAGAAACUGAUGGAAUUCCCUACAUUCCUUCAAACCGGAAACAUGACAACAUUAAAGAUGACUCUGAGGAUAUCAAACCAGUCAUUGAUGGAAUGGAUGGAAUUAAGAUUUCUCAGGGGCUUGGACUACAGGACUUUGAUUUAAUCAGAGUUAUCGGACGUGGAAGUUAUGCCAAAGUUCUUUUAGUUCGAUUAAAAAAGAAUGAUCAAAUUUAUGCUAUGAAAGUUGUGAAAAAAGAAUUGGUCCAUGAUGAUGAGGAUAUUGAUUGGGUACAGACAGAGAAACAUGUGUUUGAACAGGCAUCCAGUAACCCAUUCCUAGUUGGUUUACAUUCAUGCUUUCAAACAACAAGUCGAUUGUUUCUUGUCAUAGAGUAUGUAAAUGGGGGAGAUCUUAUGUUUCAUAUGCAACGACAAAGGAAACUUCCUGAAGAACAUGCAAGGUUUUAUGCUGCUGAAAUCUGUAUUGCUCUAAACUUCCUACAUGAAAGAGGCAUAAUCUACAGAGAUUUAAAACUAGACAAUGUUCUUUUAGAUGCAGAGGGUCAUAUCAAAUUAACAGAUUAUGGCAUGUGCAAGGAAGGUUUGGGCCCUGGUGACACUACAAGCACUUUCUGUGGGACACCAAAUUAUAUUGCACCAGAGAUCCUCAGAGGAGAAGAAUAUGGGUUCAGUGUGGACUGGUGGGCUCUCGGUGUGUUGAUGUUUGAAAUGAUGGCAGGAAGGUCGCCGUUUGAUAUUAUUACUGACAAUCCAGACAUGAACACUGAAGAUUACCUCUUCCAAGUUAUUCUUGAGAAGCCAAUCCGGAUUCCAAGGUUUCUUUCUGUCAAGGCUUCCCAUGUGUUAAAAGGAUUUUUAAACAAGGAUCCCAAAGAAAGACUUGGUUGUCAGCCGCAGACAGGAUUUUCUGAUAUCAAGUCUCAUACAUUUUUCCGCAGCAUAGACUGGGAUCUGCUGGAAAAGAAGCAAGCAACCCCUCCAUUUCAGCCUCAGAUCACAGAUGAUUAUGGUUUGGAUAACUUUGAUACACAGUUCACCAGCGAACCUGUGCAGCUAACCCCAGACGAUGAAGAUAUAAUAAAGCGAAUAGAUCAGUCAGAAUUUGAAGGAUUUGAAUAUAUUAAUCCAUUGUUGCUGUCAACAGAAGAAACAGUAUGAAGGGAUGACAUCUUCAUUGUGGACAAUGUGAAUGACCUUUAAAUUUAUCCUUAACUACAGUAUAUGCAUGCGAGGCUGGGGAACUGUAAGAUUUUGGAUGGAGACCAAUGAUUUAAAAAAAAAAUUGCUGCUGAAAAUCAAAGAAGAGAAUAAUGAUUUUGGUGGGUGUCUUCUGCCGCUUAGUGAUUCUUAAGUUCUGGGCACUGACACAACUGGCUUCAUUAAUGAAGGGAUUUGCAUUUUGUGCCUGUUUCAUGAAGGAUUGAAAAGUUCAUUGCAUCCCUGGAAAAGGAGAUUCUAAAAAACUUUGAGAUCCACACACUUUCUACAAACAUUUGAUGCAAUGAGCUACCAAUUGAAGAAUAUUACAGUGUAACAUCCUGAAGAAUAAAAUAUAUUACGGUGGUGUUGAAGCUUA